CACUUCCAAUCUACUCAGAACAACCCUCUCUCUCCAGCAGAGAGUAUCACCUCCUGAUUUAGGAUCAUCAAGCUCUGCUAAUUGGACCUCAGCCUGCCUGCGGGAUUACAUUGCAAGGCUUUCCCUGUCCCUCACCUUGCCCCGGGGGUAAAUCUCUUCUGUGGAAUCUCAGAAAAUCAAAUUCCAUCCUAAGAAUAUUUCACCAAGAAUUUCUUUAGAAGCUGUGCUGGGGUUCUACGAUGAUACACCAACCACUUGUGCUGCCACCUGUCAAAACUUUGGAUGGCCCUACUUUCAGGUCAUGACCCUUGGAUUUAAGAAAUUCUUCAAGACAACGUCCAAUAUGAUCCGAGGGAAAAUGUGAUUUGAGUCUGGAGACAAUUGUGUAUAUCAACUAAUAAUAAAAACCCAGUUGAUACAAGAGAAAACAUUAUUUGAAGAUUGCUACAGUUAAAAAGAAAAGCUGUGUCUGGUUUGAUUUAUAUUGUAUAGCAUAUUUCAUUUUGGGUUCAAUGAUGGAGAAAAAGUGCAUCCUGUAUUUACGGCUAAUCUUGCCUUUUUUUAUGAUUCUUGACAUAGCAGAAUCAGAAGAGAACAUUGAAGGCUUAAGUCAGUUGGGUGUCUAUACUAGAAAUAAAAUCAUGACGGCUCAAUAUGAAUGUUACCAAAAAAUUAUGCAAGACCCUAUUCAACAAACAGAAGGCAUUUACUGCAACAGAACCUGGGAUGGGUGGUUAUGCUGGAAUGAUGUUGCUGCGGGAACUGAGUCAAUACAGCACUGCCCCGAUUACUUUCAAGACUUCGACCCAUCAGAAAAAGUUACAAAGAUCUGUGACCAAGAUGGAAACUGGUUUAGACAUCCAGAAAGCAACCGAACAUGGACAAAUUAUACCCAGUGUAAUGUUAACACACAGGAGAAAGUGAAGACUGCACUGAAUUUGUUCUACCUGACUAUAAUUGGACAUGGAUUAUCUAUUGCUUCACUGCUUAUCUCGCUUGGCAUAUUCUUUUAUUUCAAGAGCCUAAGUUGCCAAAGGAUUACCUUGCACAAAAAUCUAUUUUUCUCUUUUGUUUGUAACUCUAUUGUAACAAUCAUUCAUCUCACUGCAGUGGCCAACAACCAGGCUUUAGUGGCCACAAAUCCUGUUAGUUGUAAAGUGUCUCAGUUCAUUCAUCUUUACCUGAUGGGCUGUAACUACUUUUGGAUGCUUUGUGAAGGCAUUUACCUACACACACUCAUUGUGGUGGCUGUGUUUGCGGAAAAGCAACAUUUGAUAUGGUAUUAUUUUCUUGGCUGGGGAUUUCCACUGAUCCCUGCUUGUAUACAUGCUGUGGCGAGAAGCUUAUAUUACAAUGACAACUGCUGGAUCAGUUCUGAUACCCAUCUUCUCUACAUUAUCCAUGGUCCAAUUUGUGCUGCUUUACUGGUGAAUCUUUUUUUUCUAUUAAAUAUUGUACGUGUUCUCAUUACCAAGUUAAAAGUUACUCACCAAGCAGAAUCCAAUCUCUACAUGAAAGCUGUGAGAGCUACACUUAUCCUGGUGCCGUUACUUGGCAUUGAAUUUGUGCUGAUUCCGUGGCGACCUGAAGGAAGGAUUGCAGAGGAGAUAUAUGACUACAUCAUGCACAUCCUUAUGCACUAUCAGGGUCUUUUGGUUUCUACUAUUUUCUGUUUCUUUAAUGGAGAGGUUCAAGCAAUUCUAAAAAGAAAUUGGAAUCAAUAUAAAAUCCAAUUUGGAAACAGCUUUUCCCAUACAGAUGCUCUUCGAAGUGCAUCUUACACAGUAUCAACAAUCAGUGAUGGUACAGGUUACAGUCAUGACUGUCCUAGUGAACACUUAAAUGGCAAAAGCAUCCAUGAUAUUGAAAAUGUUGUCUUAAAACCAGAAAAGUUAUAUGAUUGAUAAUUGAGGGAGUACUGCUUAACUAUUUUGUGCCACUCCUAACUAAAGGACUUGGAACUAUGGAUUUACAACCAGAAGACUUCAAUAUUCAAUGAAUUUCUUGAAAGCCACAAAGAAAAAGAAAACCUUCACAUCAAUUCAGUAGUGUGUUGUUAAAUGUUUAAUAACUAGCUCUUUGGGAGAAAAAAGAAACCCUGAUUUGUAAUGUUUUCCAGUUUCUGUGGUAUAUUCCCACCAUGGCUGAUUUAAGGCUACCAAUUUGACAUUGCUGAAUGUGAAAUUGGGAAAAUAUCAGUACAAUCAAAUCUCAUAGGCUGGUAUGUACCAGCUCUAGGACACCACUGCAUGAAUUCACAAAUAAGACUGUAAAAGUUCAUAUACACACUGGGCACAAUUCUACUCUUACUGACUAAAAAGAGCUAGGUAAGACCUCCAGACUUGGAGGGAAAAUUAGCUUUUCAUUUGUCUGUUUUUAAAAUUUUUAUCCCAUAAUUCAUUGGUGCAGUUGAUUUUUUUUUUAACCCAGUAAAUCUUCUAGCCUUUUUUGUAUUUACCCUUUCAAAUGGACUGGAUAAAGAAGUAAUUAUUUUCCAAGAAAAGUGACUGAGCAGAACUGCUAUUGUCUACUCCUUGGCUGAUACAUCAUAGUCAUAUCCAAUAUUAUAUCUGUUUUUGAAAUUUGAUGAACAGUAUGUAGGACAUGCAAUCCUACUUUGCUAUCAUUAGGGAGACAUCUUGGUUGAUAUUACAAACACCUUGUCAGCUACUUUCCUAUCUUACUACACAAGUGGGAGGGAAUCAGUUUCCCUGUAUCUGUAAAUAGAAACUUUGGCCCUUCCAUUUCUACUGUGUAGACAAAUUCGCAAUUAUUUUACAUGAAGGAAAUCAGUGAAGGAUUUCUUAUUUUCUUGGAAGUUUGUAAAAAAAAAUUGUUGUGAAAAUAAGCUUGUAAAUACUCUGUUAUUCUAUUUUAUAGUCUCAAAUCAAAUACAUAUAAUCUAGAUAAGUUUUUAAAAAAAACAAAUACAUAAUGUAACAAUGUAUGCUUGUCAAUAUCUGAUACUGUGUCUGGGCUGAUUUUAUAAUAAAAUAGAGUCUGGAAUUCUAUAUUGGGUAAAUAUUUUAAAGACAACCAGAUGCCAGCAUCAGAAGUUUGUUUGAGAACCAAGAGAACAGGAAUAUCCUUGAUAUGAUAUAAAAUAUUUAUUAAAAAAACUCAAGGCCACUGUUUUAUUACAUUAGCUUAGGUGAUUCUUUCAUAACUUAGUAGUACGUACGUUUGACAUAUUUUUCCUUUUAUUUUGACGAUGAACUUUCAUUCUAAUCCAGAAAUUUUAAAGGAUUCCUACAGUAAUAAAUGUCAGUCUGCCAUUCUUACGGUUUUUACACCAGUAAAAAUAUUACUUUUCUGACUCUUACUGUAUAAAUAUAAAUGGAUUUGGAAAUGUUCCAGACUAUUAAAAAAAAAAACUAGAGGAAUACUAUAUAUAUAUAUAUAUA